UAAUUCUGGCAAUCUGGGCACAAAAAAACCCCCAUACACACAGUGUUAAAUCCUGCAUAGGCCAAGGCCUGGGCCUUUGAUGUUCUGUCGGCACGGUCUGGCGGUCAUUUUCAAAGUUAAACGUAAGCUGAGAGUGUGAGAAGUGCAUAGAGAAAGGCGCCUAGGAAUAGGAGUAUAAAAAGUGCAUCGAAAAGACUGAAGCAGGGGCUCCACCACCAGAGCACAACUCUUUCUGAAAAUAUGAGAGCAAAAAAUGCCUUGAAUUUCCUUUUAAAAAUUGUACUUUUCCAAAAUAUUGAAAAUCAAAUAAAAAACCAAAAAAAAAGAAAAAUAAUCAACAUUUAAGAUUUAAAAAAAACCGUAUAAAUGCCUGAGAAUUUUGUGACAAAAGAAGCUCUUGACGGCUUAAGCAGGCGAUCACCUUACACCCAGAUUGCCAUUGGCGCUGGCUCGGGUUUUCUCGCCGGCUACGUGCUGUUCAAGGCCAGCAAGUCCGUUGCCAUUGUGGCAGGUGGAGCGAUACUGAUUCUACAGCUAGCAGUUCAAUCCGGACUGAUAAGAAGUAAUCCCUUGGAAACGAUCGUGUUGCAAGGGCACCCACGCAAUACAGGGAAUGUGCGUACGGGGCCAGCCACCACCAAUUCACAGUCGCCCAUGGCACAGUUGAACAAGGCCUAUGAUGUUGUAGCUGGCAGUAGCCGGCUAUGCGUUUCCAUGUUCGGCGGUUUCUUGGUGGGUUUUGGCCUGGCCUGAUUAUAUGCGUAUAUAAAAGUAAAUAAACUCUCACAUAAAUGUAUUAUAACAUGUAUAAAUUAAAGUAUGUUAAUGUGGCAGCAUUU